AUGGGUCUCGAGGCGGUCAUGAUCGUGGUGGACAACAGCGAAAGCAGCAGGAACGGCGACUACACACCGACCCGGUACGAUGCGCAGAGCGACGCCGUCAAUAUCCUCUUCCAGAACGUCGUGCAGGCCAACCCGGAGUCAUCCGUCGGCCUGAUGAGCAUGGGCGGGAAGGGCCCCGAGGUGCUGGCCACCCUCACAACCGACCAGGGCCGUAUCCUCGAGGGUCUGCAUCAGACUAAGAAGAAGAUCCGCGGGAACGCUCAUGUGUCGACCGGUAUCCAAAUAGCUAGCCUCGCACUCAAGCACCGCCAAAACAAGUCCCAACGCGCGCGCAUCGUCGUCUUCGUCUGCUCCCCCAUCGAAGAGGGCGAGCGCGAACUAGUCGUUCUAGCCAAGAAAAUGAAGAAGUUCUCCAUCAGCGUCGACUUCGUUCUCUUCGGCGACAUCGACGAAGACAACCAAGCCAAGCUGGAGGCCUUCAACCGCGAGAUCAAAGGCACCACCGAGUCGUCCCACCUGGUCGUCAUCCCCCCCAGCUCCAAACUCCUCAGCGACCAGCUCAUCUCCACACCCAUCAUGCUCGGCGAGGGCGCGGCCGGUGCCGGCGGCGGUGCUGGUGGGCUAGGCGGCGAUGCCGGUGGUGCGGGUGGUGGUGGUGCUGGGGCUGGUGGUGGCGCGAGCGAGGACUUCCCGUUCGGUGUUGAUCCGACACAGGACCCGGAGCUGGCACUAGCGCUGCGUAUGAGUAUGGAGGAGGAGAAGGCGCGGCAGGAGAAGCGAGCGCGUGAGGAGGCUGAGGCGUCGGGCAAGUCGGGGCUGGAGAGCGUGCAGGAGGAGGGGGGCGAGUCGGCUGCGCUGCUGGAUAAGGACGGGCAGCCGGGCGGUAGCAAGAAGGAUGAUGAUAAGAUGGACACGUCGUAG